UCAUAUCUGCCAAAAGUUAAAAAAAAUUCACUUAUUUCAUCUUCUUUGAUCUCUCUCUCUCAAACUCAAAGCUUCAUCUUCCUUCUUGUUCUCGGUUCUCACCAUGUCUGGUUACCCACCAUCGAGCCAAGGUUACGGUUACGGCGGUAACCCACCACCGCCUCAGCCACCGUACGGAUCAUCCGGCAACAAUCCUCCACCCUACGGAUCCUCAACCUCCACGCCGUACGCUGUUCCGUACGGAGCUCAGCCCGCGCCUUACGGUGCACCACCGUCAGCGCCGUACGCUGGUCCUCCUCCAGGAGGAGACCAUAACAAGCCUCACAAAGAGAAACCUCACGGCGGCGCUUACGGAUCUCCAUCUCCCGGUGGUGGUUACGGUGCGUCUGGACCUUCCGAUUACGGUGGUUACGGAGGAGCGCAGCAGCAGCAGUCAGGACAUGGAGGUGGUGGUUACGGGGCUCCUCCUCCUCCUUCUUCUUAUGGAAGUCCGUUUGCGUCUCUUGUUCCGUCGGCGUUUCCUCCCGGAACGGAUCCGAACAUCGUUGGUUGUUUCCAGGCUGCGGAUCGGGACAACAGUGGGUUCAUCGAUGAUAAGGAGCUUCAGGGAGCUCUCUCUUCGUAUCAUCAGAGCUUCAGUAUUAGAACUGUUCAUCUCCUUAUGUAUCUUUUCACCAACAGCAACGUCAGGAAGAUUGGACCGAAAGAGUUUACUUCACUUUUCUACAGUCUUCAGAAUUGGAGGUCAAUCUUUGAGAGGUUUGACAAGGACAGAAGUGGUAGGAUAGAUACAAACGAGCUGAGAGAUGCACUCAUGAGCCUUGGGUUUUCAGUGUCUCCUGUGAUUUUGGAUCUGCUUGUUUCCAAGUUUGACAAAAGCGGAGGCAGGAACAGGGCUAUCGAAUAUGACAACUUCAUCGAGUGCUGUUUGACUGUAAAGGGGCUGACUGAGAAGUUCAAGGAGAAAGAUACGGCUCUAUCAGGGUCAGCUACUUUCAGUUACGAGACGUUCAUGCUCACUGUUCUACCGUUCCUUGUCGCUUGAGUGUGUGAUAGAGUCUCUGUCUUUCGUUUUCAUAUCAGCUUUUGGAUCUUUUUAAUUAGUUGAACUCCCAGAUUUUUCUUUUACCUUUCUUGACUUUGCUUCUCUAAGAUUUGGAUGUAGCUCUUCUCCAUAUGAGCAAAAAACCUUUUAAACUAGUCUUGUGGAAUAAUUAACAUACCUUUGUUAAACCGAUUUUUCUUUCGCU